GUCGGCGCGGAUGCGGAGGUGGCGGUGGGGCCGCCUUCGGGGGGCGGGAAGCUGCGGGAGACGAGGGCGAUGGCGUAGCCUGCGGUGGAGAAGCGGGAUGCUACGCCGGCGGCGAUGUUGCGGCCUGCGCCGAGGAUGAGGAGGAUUGGUUUGUUGGACAUUGUUGGGUUUUCUUUGGGAAGUUGAUAUGAAUAUGAAUUCUAGGUUGAUGGAGGAAGAGGGCGGAGGAUAUUGGUGUUAUUUGAGAUCUGAUGCUGGACGAGGUUCUCUCCUCUUCAUCUUCGAGACCAUCCGAUGCCUCUUCAUUUUAUAUGUUCUUUUCCUCCUGCCAAUUCCUCACGACUCGUUCGAAAUGUAUCUAUCUUGUACCGGCUUACGCAUCAUAUUACCAUCACUAGGGGCGUAGCCAGUAAGGCGGACGAGUAUACGCAUUGCUCGAUACGGAUACCUCCAUCCAACAUUAACUACGUUUACGUUUACCUGAGAUGGAGGUUUCCAUAGUGGGAUUGAUAAUUACC